AUGCACAUGUGCCAUUCCUCUGGAGCAGAACCAGUCAUCCCACUGCAGAGCCCCCCCCCCCGCCCCCGCCAUGCCACCAAUGCCCCACCCACUCCACCACUCCUCAUGUACACCCUGCCUCGCAGAGGUGGACCCACUACUCAGCCUUCAGAGGAUCUAGGCAUCCAGUCUAUUCAAGUUGAAAAGUUGCCUAAGGGCUUGCUGUUGGGUCGAGGCGCUUUAGUUUUCGAUCCACCGAUCCGGAAAAGGGCCACUGACGACCCGCCAGCUCUUGUUUCCUUUCCGCCCUUCCUGCGUGGGGUGUUAACCGCGUACGAAUGCGGAGGUGACCCAGCCGUUUCCCGCAAGCCUCCUCGGGGCUCCCGGGCAGGUCUGCAGAGGGUGCGGCCAGAGAGCGGUCAGGCUCACGCGGGAGGAGCCGGAGCCGCCCGCAGACGCGGGUCCGCCCCGUUCUGCAGCCGCCCCAUUGGCCCCGCCCCUCGGCCCAGCUGCGUCACGUCACUUCCGCCCCAGGUUGACACAGGCCACGCCCACCCGCCGUGCCGCCCUUCACACUUGGUGAGCUCGUGGAUUGUUGCGUUUGGUGACCAGACUCGAAAAGCUCCGCUCGCCCGGCUCGCGGGAAUCUCGCGGAUCUCCCCGAAAAUGAUGGCUUCUUGCGCGCCGCUCUCGGCACCUCUCUGUCGCCCCCAGAGCCACUUCUCUUCUUGGUGCUCCGCUGGGAUCCUUUUAGGGGCCCUAGUGCUCCCGCUACCCGUAUCCCCGUCCGAUGCCUGUGGUGAUCCACUAAGAUACGAAUCUAUGAAACUGAAGGGUGUCGCUCAACGCCAUUACAGCCCUGGUGCCACAGUAGAAUACGAGUGUCGUCUAGGUUACCAGCUCAAGAGACCUCCUCUUCCCACCUCUGCCCGCUGUCAGGCUGAUAACACAUGGACACCACUCCGGGAGGCUUGUACAAGAAAAUCAUGUCCACAUCCAGGAGACCUCAUAAAUGGCAAAGUAGAAUAUGUUAAUGGAACUUUGACGUUUGGUUCACAGAUUCAUUAUUUUUGUAAUGAGGGUUUUAACUUAAUUGGAACUAAAAUUCUAUAUUGUGAAAUUGUUGGAGAAACUGUGAACUGGAGUGACAAUCCCCCACUAUGUCAAGUGAUGUAUUGUAGACCACCUCCAAAAAUACAAAAUGGAAAACACAGCAGAAGCGACCAGGAGGAAUUUAGAUACGGUGAGGUAGUAAUUUACAGUUGUGAUCCUUCAAAUGGACCGGAUGAAUAUUCACUUGUUGGAGAGAGCAGGCUUGUCUGUUCUGGGAAUGACGUAUGGAGUAGUAAGCCUCCUGAGUGUAAAGUGGUCAAGUGUGAACCUCCAGUACUCAAAAAUGGAAGAGUGGUGUCAGGAUUUGGAAAAAAAUUUUACUACAAAGCGACGGUUGUAUUUGACUGCUUACCGGGUUUUUACCUCAGUGGCAACAAUACAAUUGUCUGUGGCGCCAACAGUGCUUGGGAGCCUGCGAUCCCGACGUGCAUUAAAGUGAUGCUUUGUAGACCACCUCCAAAAAUAGAAAAUGGAAAACACAGAAGUGACAAGGAAGAAUUUGAAUAUGGUGAGGUAGUAACUUACAGUUGUGAUCCUUCAAACGGACUGGAUGAAUAUUCACUUGUUGGAGAGAGCAAGCUUGUCUGCUCUGGGAAUGACGUAUGGAGUAGUAAGCCUCCUGAGUGUAAAGUGGUCAAAUGUGAAUAUCCAGUACUCGAAAAUGGAGGAAUAGUAUCAGGAUUUGGAUCAAAAUUUUACUACAAAGCGACGGUUGUAUUUGAAUGUGCCCCGGGUUUUCACCUCAGUGGCAACAACAUAGUUGUCUGUGGUGCCAACAGUACUUGGGAGCCUGCGAUUCCGAAGUGCAUUAAAGAGUCACCUCCUCCCAGUACAACACCUCCAGUUUCCAGUACCUCAGGUUCCAAACCUGCUGUUACAACCAAGCCACCUCGGGUGUCGAGUUCUCCAGGACAUCCCAGUUGCAGUUUUGAAUCACCACCGCUUCAAAACAUGAAAACUUUAGGUGGAGGAAUUGUUGCUGUGAUUGUUGUUACUCUGUUGAUGUUGCAGUAAUUGGCGCCAGCCUGUGUAAAUGUCUUCGCACCGGGAAGAGACGGAAGAGACUGAAAAAGGAAACAGCUCAGGCAGCACGUUAUGCUCAGGUGAAGUAGAUCCCGCCUCUUCUGAGCCCUCACUGGCAGCGUCUCUCAAGCAAGCCAGUGGGAGAAGAGGAGGGACGCCACGCUGAUUCAGAUUACAUUUCUAAAGUUUGGUUUUACGCUGUUAUAUUUAGUAGCACAAAUUGGGCCCAAGAAACGUUGCCCUGAGAAGAAUAUGAGUUGGGGACUCAACAGUGGCCUGGAGUGAACAUUGUUUCACUCCUAAAGUCAUGUUAAUAAUGCACUGCACGUGUUCCUUCCCUUUGUAAUCUCUAAUGAGACACUUCAGGAAGAUAAAUUUGGGCAGAAUAAACAGGAAUUCUGAAUUCAAUAUAGAGUUGGAGGUUUACUGUGCCCAUUUUCACAUACUCUUCAAGAAUGUAGCACUUGCUUAAAAGCAAGGCAUGGCUGUACUAUUUACUUUUUUAAAGCCAAACUGAGGCGCUUUUCAACCAAAGAUUGUUAUGCUUAUCAAAAUAAAUUGACUGGUAUACUAGUUUCGCUUCAAAUUUAGUUUUUUCAAUUUAAUAUAUCUAUAUGUGAAAUUGCUAUAUUUGUGAAGAUAUAAAUUAUGUUCUUUUUGUCAAUUACUUAACAAUAUAGGGAAACUAGUUUUCUUUUAUUUAAAUAACAGGGAAAGAAGCAUGUUUGAAUUUAAAAGAUUCUUAAAACUGCAAGAAUGAGUUUGAAGUGAAAUGAGAGUCCCAUGUAUAGAGUUCUUUAUUGUUCACUUUUUGAAAAUUGGAUCUUCAAAUCUGGUAUAAAAUAAAAUGUAGGUUUGGAGAAG